UGAUCACAUUUCAUCUUCGUUGGGUUACUGUAUGGUUUCACGGUCUUCUACAAGGUGAUUAUGUCGUUGCUGCUUUCUGGACAUAUAUAUACUGUCUUGUCCUGUUGAUUCAUCUUACCAACAUGUCAGCCUCAAGUACAGCAUCAUCUAGUAACGGUUUGAGAAGGUCGGGUCGCAAAAACAGAGGAAAAUACAGCGUCUCUUUGUCCGAAGCGCCUUCAACUCCAUCUCUGCCAUCAGCUUCUGCAUCCAGAAACCGGUCCAAUAUUAAACCACAGAAAAUAUAUUGUUUGAGGAGAAAAGCUAGUACUAGUAUUCCAGAAGUAGAAACAUUUCCAUCCAAAAAUAUUUCCACGACGCGGACGAAUAAACGAAGUAAAUUAUCUGUUGGAGGAGGGGGAGAAGAGGUUGCAGUGCGAGAAAAACAACCAGCUGCAAGUCCAGAAGAAAAUUUUCUACAAUAUCAUGUUCCAGAUGAAAUCUUAUUAAAUAUAUUUUCAUACUUAAAAGAGAAAGAUCUAUGUGCAGCGGCAUGUGUCUGCAAAAGGUGGCACACACUCGGCAACGACCUCACCUUGUGGAAAAACAUGUACCAGACAGUGUACGAGAUGUCCUUGCCCGUACUGACCUCUGAACCUGGCAAAUUCAUUUUUGUGCAACCAGAAAAAUCUGAAUUCCAGAAUGUGUGGAAGGAGAGUUUUAAGCAGCUAUACCCCGGUGUUCACGUGAAGCCAGGUCAUGCGCAACAAGUUUAUGAGAACCCAGAUAGUUACAAUGGUCGAAGUAUUCAAUAUUACGAUAAUAUAGAAGAGGCAUUAUCGGCUGUUGAAGGCCAACUAUGCCAAUUGGUUUUGGUGCAUGCUGGUAUAUAUAGUUGUGAGUGGUUGUAUAUAGAUUCACCAGUGUGUAUCAUCGGAGCAGCAUUUGGUAAUAAUCCAGACAGUGUCAUAAUAGAAAACAACAAAGAAUCCACAUUUGUGUUUAUGGAAGGCAGUGAAGAUGCUUACUUAGGAUUCCUUAGUAUUAGGUUCACUCCCGAUCCGAAUACACAACAACCGCAUCAUAAACAUUCAUGCGUUGAGGUCACUGCAAACUGCUGGCCGACCAUUGAUAGCUGUGUAAUCCGAAGCAAGUCGCAAGUCGGUUCUGCUAUUUGUGUGAGUGGGAAAGGUGCAGCACCACAUAUUAAAAAUUGUAUUAUAAACGACUGUGAGAAUGUUGGUCUCUUUGUCAAUGAUCAUGCGCAGGGUACUUACGAAGACUGUGAAAUUAGUGGCAAUGCUUUGGCUGGCAUCUGGGUGAAAAAUUUUGCAAAUCCCGUAAUUCGACGAUGUCAUAUUCACCAUGGUCGAGACGUGGGAGUAUUUACAUUUGACAACGGAAUGGGAUAUUUUGAUUCCUGCGACAUUCAUCAUAACCGGAUUGCCGGAUUUGAAGUGAAAGCUGGUGCUAACCCGACUGUUGUUCGCUGCGAAAUUCAUCAUGGACAAACUGGUGGAAUCUACGUGCACGAAAAUGGACGAGGGGAGUUUCUGGAGAACAAAAUUCACUCAAAUACCUUUGCUGGAGUUUGGGUGACUUAUAAUAGCGACCCGACAAUUAGGGGAAAUGAAAUAUUCAAUGGUCAUCAAGGUGGAGUGUACAUCUUUGGUGAAGGCCGUGGACUUAUCGAAAAUAACGACAUUCAUAGUAAUGCGCUAGCUGGAAUACAAAUUAGAACCAACAGCAACCCAAUAAUUCGGGGUAAUAGGAUACACGAUGGUCAACAUGGCGGUAUUUAUGUGCAUGAAAAGGGCAGGGGUUUAAUUAUAGAGAAUGAAGUCUAUAGUAAUACAUUAGCUGGUGUCUGGGUCACCACCGGAAGCUGUCCGGAACUUAGGAAAAAUAGAAUACACAGUGGGAAACAGGUUGGGGUUUAUUUUUACGAUAAUGGGCAUGGUAUUUUAGAAGAUAACGAUAUCUUCAAUCAUAUGUAUUCUGGAGUUCAAAUCCGAACUGGUAGUAAUCCUGUGAUCAAGAAGAAUAAAAUAUGGGGUGGACAAAAUGGCGGAAUUCUUGUUUAUAAUGGAGGCCUGGGUAUUAUUGAGUGCAAUGAAAUCUUUGACAAUGCAAUGGCUGGCGUGUGGAUCAAGACAGACAGCAACCCACAGCUGCGAUAUAAUAAAAUACACGAUGGAAGAGAUGGGGGUAUUUGUAUUUUCAAUGGAGGUCGAGGUUUAUUAGAAUUCAAUGAAAUCUUUCGCAAUACUCAGGCAGGUGUGCUUAUCAGCUCGCAGAGUCACCCUACCUUAAAGAAAAACCGAAUUUACGACGGUUUAGCAGCAGGGAUAGAAAUCACUAACAAUGCAUCGGCCAGCUUAGAAGGCAACUUAGUAUUCAACAAUAAAUUUGCUGGUAUAUGUCUAGCGACCGGAGUGGAGCCCGAGAUGAAAGAUAAUCGAGUGUACGAUAAUCAAAAUGCCAUCGAGAAAGCAGUUCGGUCAGGCCGAUGUUUGUACAAGAUUUCAAGUUACACCAGUUACCCCAUGCAUGAUUUUUACAGGUGCCGGACAUGUAAUACGACAGACAGGAAUGCAAUCUGCGUGAAUUGCAUCAAGAAAUGUCAUGCUGGACAUGACGUAGAAUUUAUUACUCACGAUAGAUUUUUCUGUGACUGUGGUGCUGGUACUUUAUCUCAUCAGUGUCAAUUGGCGGGGGAACCGACAAAGGACACAGACACUAUUUAUGAUUCGGCAGCUCCGACCGAAUCGCAUACACUCAUGGUUAAUUGAACACCUCCAUAAUCUUAACUUUUUAGUCUCACAAUCAUGGAACCAUGGAAAUCUUAACUCAACAGGACUCAUUGGUCUACCUGAAUCAGAUGAGAACGAUUUCAAGUUGUUCACUGCCACAAUGAAUCAAUGACAGGGUUUCUAACUUUUGCACCAAUCAAACAAUAUUUGCUCAUUAAGAGAAUUGCAUUUGAAUGAAAUGUUUACCUAACAUCCAUUGCUAUGGAAACCUGAUAGUACCAGGAAAGAAAACCUAAAUAGACUGUAAAUAUGUUUGUUUUUUUUGUGUACACAUUUGGUUUUCUUUCUGAGUCUGCUAUAAUUCCUACUAUUCAUUCAUUGCACAUUGUUUGGCAAUUCAUAAAACGAAAACUCUCUCCCGUGUAUCUCUGGGCAUUAUGUUCAAAGCAACACUUGGGCCGAGCUACAUAAAAUUUCGUAUCAGCAUUGAUGAUAGAUGGGUCACAAACCUCAAACUAUAUUAAAUAAAAUAAUAUUGUAAAUCAAUUUAAUUUUCUUGACAGUUUUUAUAGAAUGCAAAAUAUUCUUUCAUUUUUUUUCUUCAAUCAUAGAAUAGCCCUUGGGCACAG